AUGACCGCGGGCCAGGGUGCAACCCUUGGCGGCGGCGUGACCGUGACCGGCGGCGUCGGCGUUAGUUCCACAGGCGGCGGCAUCACCGUGGUGAGCGGCGUCGGCACGGCAACAUCGAGCGGCGCCGUGAGCGUGAAGUCAGCAAACGCCGGUACGAGCGGCGUGAGCGGGUCCAUGACUUUGGCGACCGGGACAUCGAGUGCUGGUGUGUCGGGAGCGUUCACGAUGGACACGGGCACUGCCACCGGCGGCAACUCGGGGAGUGUUGCUGUGACGACUGGCGGUGCGAGUACUAGCGGCACUGGUGGCGCUUUCACUGUGGCCGUGGGCGACGGCGACACGGGCACAGGCGGCGACAUCGGCAUGACCGCGGGCAAGUCCAGUGCGGCCGCGGGAGGUGCCGUGGGCGUGACCGCGGGCCAGGGUGCAACCCUUGGCGGCGGCGUGACCGUGACCGGCGGCGUCGGCGUUAGUUCCACAGGCGGCGGCAUCACCGUGGUGAGCGGCGUCGGCACGGCAACAUCGAGCGGCGCCGUGAGCGUGAAGUCAGCAAACGCCGGUACGAGCGGCGUGAGCGGGUCCAUGACUUUGGCGACCGGGACAUCGAGUGCUGGUGUGUCGGGAGCGUCACGAUGGACACGGGCACUGCCACCGGCGGCAACUCGGGGAGUGUUGCUGUGA